UGUCUAAUUAGUCAUGAUAUAGAUGUGGGUGAUGCUUUGCCUGUGAAACAACAAUAAUAUUGAAUGAAUCCUGCGAAGAGUGAGAUUCUGUGGAAGGAGAGUGGUGGUGGUUGGCGCCGCUGCGCUAACAUGAAAACUCUCAAUGCACUGUCACAAACUGAUUCCUACGCUCUGCCAAGAGUGGAUGAUUGCAUUGAUCACAUCUGUGAAGUUACAUACAUGAGGACGUUUGACAUUCUGGAGGGCUUCUGGCAGGUGCGGCUCACAGACCAAGAAAAUUGCGCCAUUUGCUGACUGACUGUAUCGAUACAAAGUGAUGCUGUUCGGCUUAAAGAAUGCCCCAGCAACGUUCCAAAGGCUCGUCAACAACGUGACAUCGGCUCUGGAAGUUGGCAAAGCCUAUAUGAAUGAUGUCAUCGUUUACGCCAUGGAAGAGGAUUCAAGAGUUCUUCGAGGGAAUGUUGGCAGGGCACUGACUGUCCAUCUUGCAAAGUGCGAGUUUGGAAAGGCCCAAGUUAAAUUCUUGGGGCAUGUUUUGGAGCACGGCUGGGUACAACCAGUGGGUGCUUAGGUGGAGGGUAUUACACGCGCUGGUGCACUCUCCAGGGUGUAAAGUUGUUUGAUGUUUGAUACUUCUGUUGUAUUUUUUCCGUGUUUUCGUUUCUGUGUUUACCGUUUUAACAUGUUUUAAGUGUUACUUAUUUAUAGUACAACAGAGAGUUUAUCUGGAACUUUCUUUUCUUUAAUGGGGAGAGUGUUAUGUGUGUGUUUGUAUUUUAUUCUUUGUAUGCUAAGUUGUUAAGCUGCGGAUCCUUGUGACACUAUUUCUCUUCUUACUUUUAAGUCCUUAUGAUGUGACGCGGUUUCCUGUAAUGCUUUUGGUCCAUGUGACGCAAACUCUUUGUGUCCUUUGUGACACCGAAGUCUGAAAUGUUUCAAGGAUUAACUAUAUAAGGACGAGAGAGACUGCCAACGAUGUUUCUUCUAACAACUUCACUACGUCUCUGGGCAACUACGCUGCUUGGAACAGCUAACUACACGGACACCUGCUGCAUUUUGCUUUUGGACCGGCUUGAACUUUCACGAACUUGCAGUACCUGCUGGGACGAAUAUUUGCUUCUUUGGUGUGAUAAGGAUAUAAAAGUGUCGUAUACUGUUUACGAUCGUCUGUCUGUCCUUCUGAAAUCUCUACUGGCUGUAACUAGAGUAACACCUGCCUACAAACUUUCCAGAAAGCAGGGACAUGACUAUGUAAUAUUAUACAGGAUCUACUUUGGGGAAGUUCUGAUGAGAGGAUUAGGAGAAGGUUUCCAGACAGUACGUGUUGGUGUUGUGGGAACCCCUGUUGGCACUGUCACACUUUCUUGUGCCUAUCGCACCAACCUGGCUUUAAUGUCCAACAGACAGUUUGAGCGGUCUGCACCCAUAAUGGGGAUCAUUGUGGACCAUUUUGUGGACCCUCCCUGUGGCAGUCAACGACCUGUAAAUAUGGGUCAGCCCUGCAAUUACAGAGCGCCAGACGACGAUGAUGGAGAAACAAUUGCAGGGGUUCAGGAGUCACAGGAAGUUUGCACUACUUCAUUCUCUACUUCCCCUCCUUCUCAGCUCUACACAUCGAAGCUGUCCUUCCAGCCUCCCGGUCUAGCAGGAACUACUGACCUUUGCCAUACUGCUGCUUAUUCAAACCAACCACUGCAUGCUGAGAAAGAGGAUGGGGUUGUGUUGCAUCCAGCCCAGCCAUGUCACGGGACAGACGCCCUUGUAACAGUGGAGGACAUGGCCAACACCCCUGGCUGCAGUGCUGACGAUGACAUUUUAUCCCAAAGUGGAGAGGGAAGAGGUGUCUCACCCGUUGAUCCAGUUGAGUCUCUUAAUGCAUUCACAAGGAAAGUUGGAGCUUUUGUCAAUAAACCCAAUACACGACUAUCAGCCACAAUGGACCUACCCUUUGCUGCGUUUGCUCCCAGAGGCCUCGACUCAGAGGAGAAUGAUCCUAUGGUUCAUCCGCCAGACUCCCCUCCCUGCCUGUCCCCUCUGCAGGCCAGCCUCCACUCUCAGGGCUCAGAGGGCUCAGGGCAGCAGGAUGACUUUGUCAUGGUUGACUUUCGGCCAGCUUUCUCUAAAGAUGACUUGUUGCCGAUGGAUUUAGGAACAUUCUACAGGGAGUUUCAGAAUCCUCCACAACUGGCUAGUCUUUCACUUCACAUCAGUUCCCAGUCGAUGGCUGACAAUCUUGUAGACUCACUGCCAGAGAAAUUGGCCAUCUACGAGAGAAACAUUGACGAGUUUGAUGCCUUUGUGGAUAUGCUCCAAUAGAAGAUAUUAGGGAACAAGAAGUCAGCUGUCGUGCAAGACCCAACUACUGUAUAUCCAGGGAUGAGAAUGACCAAUUUGAAAAAACAAUUGGGGGGGGGGUGUCCCCGCAAGUUUUUCCCUGAAUAUUUUUUGCUCCUAUUGGAACACAGAGUGCACAGCACUUUGCCAGGAAUGUCCACUUUGAUACCGUUUUCGGUCCUAUCUGCACGGUUACACUUUUUUCAACCCAUGCCCGUCUGAAACAGUUUUUGAUUCCAGCAUCCUUGUCAAUUGCCCUCACUCAUCUUCAUCCUUUUUUUCUAACACUUUCGCCAUCGUAAAACUUUGAACACAAAGUCGCUCAGUUUGCGCUAAGUCCCACACGCCAUUACUUGGCUAACAAGUUACACUGUGAUUUCUGAGAACCGAGAACACAUGUACACUGCAAUGGUGAAACUCGAUUAACCACAAACACGAUUGGAUCGUUAAACUGUAUAACUCUGUUGUCCAAUCGAGUAAUCUGCCGCAAACAAGUUUUGUUUAUGUCGCAAAACGCAAAUAUUUACACUACCAAGCAAGUUAGAACGGCAUAUGAUAGCCACGCUUGUGCUAGCACUAAGCUGAACUUGCAGCUCAGAGCCCACCACCAAGAGGCAGGGGCACGAUACCCCCCCCCCCCUGGAAUUUGCUCAACGGAUUUGCACUUAUCUCAAGAAUGGUCAUUUCGGUCUGAAAAAGUCAGAAAUCGGCUAAGCGGCAUAAAAUUCUCAUCCCUGUAUAUCAAAAGAUUAGUGACAUUUUUUCCUUCAAGCCACAGCUGUGCCAGCUUGUACAGAACAUUCACUGUAAAUACAACUUUGCCACUGGCUCCCACGCAGGUCCUGCUUAAAAUUGUCACAUUGUGCAUCCAUGCAAAUGAAAGCAUGUCCACUUAAAUCUCCACAAGGUGAUGAGUCAAGGACAUGACCAGCUAGAAUUAACUUAAGAAAACACUACUGAUGUGAGCAAUUCGAUUGGAUUUAGCCUCACAGUAACUACCUGUCAAAGAUACAUAACCAAUUAUACUAGUGCCAAGUUCCCAGCUGGUCUGUGGACUUAAAUCAAGUGCAUCUCAAUAUACUUUUUGUAAUCGUGUUGCACCGAUAAAUUUACACAAUUUCAGCAGCCCAGGAGAUGUGCCACUCCUAAAGUGGAGUUGUCAGUUUUGAUUGUAAUUCUCGGAUGCUUAGUGGCAAAGUACCGUACACAAAUAUAUUUAAAUAAACUUUGAAAGUGAGGCUGCUCAACCAAUUUAAAAUUUCACCACAUUUUGUUGGUUGUUGCACAUUUAGGGAAUCAAAAUUUCCCUAGUGAGGAUCAUGUCAUUUUCUGGUUGAAAGCUUUAAUGUAAAUUUACCUUUGCUUUGAUCUCCCAAUAAAAAGCAUGUGAAAAUAAGUAGUUAAAUAAUUAAUAAAGAAACAAUUCUCAAAUGGAAUUUUAUUGUAAGCAGUGUGUGAAAUUCUAUCACAUUCUGCAGAGCUGUAAAAGGUUGCACACAGUUACUCCACAAGUUAGACUUAAACUUGAUCGGCAGGGACCAACUAUAGAAUGAGAUUUAUAUUUCUUCCCCAUCUCAAUGCUACCAAAAAUGGUGCUUUGCCUUUUUGGGGGAUUUAAAGAAAAAGAAAUGUCUAGCUUCUCAUGUUAUAUAAUACACACCCCCAAAACAUAAGGAAAAACCUACCUAUGACACCAACACCACAAAGUUCCUGCUAUACAUUCUCAAAUUGAAACAUUUUAUUAGGCUUUGUAUUUAUUUCUGUUCUGUGUACAUGUGCUGACAUGGAAUUUUAAGUACGGUAAGUACUAGGUUGAUCUUGGGAUUGGCAAGUACAAAGGGCUGACUAUGGAAAGGGCGACGACGUUGAGCGCCCCUCUUGAGUUUGAUGAAUCAAGUCGCUCGUUAAUAGCAGGUGAAAAGCCCACUGGAUGCCCCCCCCCCAUCUAGAGAUGCAAGCUGUCUUAUGUAGCAAUGCAAGUAGCAACCCAAAUGAAACAUUGUAUAUACAUUGGUAACACACAUUACAUAAUUUGGAUAAAGGUAGUUGGUGGGUUUACAAUUCUGACAAAAUUAUGCAAGGCCUUUUGUGUCCCUGCAUGUGUACAUCUGGGGAUCACGUGCUUUGAGAAAUUACAGUAUCUGAACAGCAUCCGAAAGGCUAUAGAUUUUUUGAGGAAGGGGGAGAAGAGCUGCUUAAUUGACAGUCUCCAAAGAAAGAAAUUAACCAUAUACAGUGAAGUCAGCCACUUAAAACAUGUUUGCUUUUAGUUUGGAAAAUACCUUUCUGACAGGUCAUCUCUCUCCACAUACCCAGGAAGAACAACAAUUAGCCCCCCCCCCCACCCCCCAUUUAACACUCAGUGCCCACAUUUCAACUCAACUACGCAGCGCACCCUGUCUCUCUGGGCAGCGGCACUUGAGAGUAUUGUUUGGAAAACAUCUAGCUAAGAGAGAGAUGAGAGGGUCAAGUCCUUGACAUCAAGGGUGCUCUACACUUUUACUCCAGUCAAUUGAGUGCAGUGUGUGUGUGUGAGAGAGAGAGAUGCAGAUUAAUAGGAGUGAGUGUGUGUGUGUGAGAGAUGCAGAUUAAUAGGAAGGAGAGAGAGAGAGAGAGAGAGAGAGAGAGAGAGAGAGAGAGAGAGAGAGAGAGAAAAAG